AGCCGAAAGCGUCUAGGGUUUCGUUCGUUUCAAGCUCUGGAGCUAUUCCUUGGGUUUGUAAAAUACGCGAUGGAACAUUCGGAGCAUCAUGUCUCGGAGAAUCUACUAUCAACCACGUCCAGACAUGAAACGAAGUCGUCGAACUCGGUAAGAGCAUACUCAGACCCACUAAUCCCUGAUGAUCUGCUUGUGGAGAUAUUCUCUCGAGUCCCAGCAAAGUCUAUAGCUAGAUUUCGUUGCGUAUCGAAAUUCUUGGUAUCCAUACUUGAUCAAGCCACAGAGUUGUUUUUGACCAAGUCUUUGACUCGGCCACGGCUCCUUUUCACCGUAAAAGCUACUAAUGGCAAGCUGUUGCUUUUCUCUUCACCUCAAUCUCAUAAUCCAGACGAUAAUUCUUCUCUUGUAGCCACCCCUUAUCAUACGUCUUUUCCAGAAUAUAUUCCACGUGAUUUAUUUAGCACAGUAUGUGGACUGGUAUUGCUUCAGGGAUGGAAAGGAAAGAGGCCGGUGAUUUGUAACCCUGUCACAGGACAGUUCUUAACGUUACCCAAAGUUUCUCUAAAAGAAAAGAACUUACCCAAAGUGAAAGCUAAGAGUAACCGCACAAAGAUUGCAGGAAUGUAUUUAGGGUAUGAUCCAAUCGGGAAACAGUUCAAAGUGUUGUGUAUGACCUCGUCACUUGAUGAAAGACCAAACACUCAUCUGGUUUUGACAUUGAAGUCUGGAAAACGUGUAUGGAGAACGAUCGAACACGAGUUCCAUUUUGAGGAGAACAAUAGAAUGAGUGGUGAAAUAUGCAUAGACGGUGUUUUGUACGUCGGAGGUGGGUUCGGAGAUGCGUUCGGAGACGGGCUAUCUUCUAGGAUGGUUUGCUUCGACGUUAGGUCUGAAAAGUUCAGCUUUAUUAACGCAGAUGAAGACAUGAAACUAGUGGGUGCUUAUGUUGUGGGUGGUUUGACUUUGUUCAACUACAAAGGUAAAUUAGGUAUACAUGAGAACAGAUAUGACAAUAGACUUGUGAUGUGGAUUCUAGAAGAUGCUGGGUAUCAUAAAUGGUCCAAGCAUGUCUUCGUAUUGUCUCAUUCGCAUUACGACAUAGUCGAACGGAGCAUGUUUGUUGGAGUAACUAGUGGUGAAACUGUUGUGUCGGCAUCGCACCACAAACCUUUCUACGUUGUAUUCUUCAAUUUGGAGUCUAAAACUUUUAACAGAGUCUAUAUUCAGGGACUAGAAGAGUUUAAUAAGCAUCCGUAUGUAACUCUUCACACCUUUGUCGACUAUGUUGAGAAUAUUAAGUCUAUGUAAGUUGUGUUCUUUUUUUUGGUGCAACGAUAAUUAUAUUACUAGUGACUUUUAUUUGGAUUCCAACUCUUGUGACAUUGUUCCUUUUAAUAUUGUUUGGAUUU